AUGGAAUUUCUUAUCGUUUUUCUUUUACUUUUUAUUGGGACUUCAGAGACACAGGUUGAGGUUUCCAAAGCUGUUCCUGGUACUAGGUACGAAGUUACAAUCUCUUCAAUUUCUGCUGCAACAUAUAGUUCACCUAUUAGUAGAACAGUGACAACGAAUGUAACCACUCCAGGAAAAGUUGUGAAUCUCACAGUUGAGGCCUUCAACUAUUCAGCAGUAAACCUGAUUUGGUAUUUACCUCAGCAACCAAAUGGCAAAAUUACCAGCUUCAAGAUUAGUGUCAAGCACGCCAGAAGUGGAAUAGUAGUGAAAGAUGUCUCAAUCAAAGUGGAGGACAUUUUGACUGGAAAAUUGCCAGAAUCAGGGGAAAGAGUUGGAUCUGCUGGGAUUCUUCUCUCUUGGAAUACACCACCUAAUCCAAAUGGAAGAAUUAUAUCCUACAUUGUUAAAUAUAAGGAAGUUUGCCCGUGGAUGCAAACAGUAUAUACACAAGUUAGAGCAAAGCCAGACAGUCUGGAAGUUCUUCUCACUAAUCUUCAUCCUGGAACAACGUAUGAAAUUAAGGUUGCUGCUGAAAACAGUGCUGGCGUUGGAGUGUUCAGUGACCCAUUUCUUUUCCAAACUGCAGAAAGUGUCAUUGAUGAGAAACUCUGGAAGUACUAUACUAACACUUUGCCUAAAAUUAUUUUGGAGAAUAAUGAAUCUUUUUUAUGGAGUACAACCAGCCCUUCUCCAACUCUUGGUAGAGUUACACCUCCGUCGCGUACCACAUAUUCAUCCAGCACGUUGGCACGGAGUAAGAUCAGCUCUGUGUGGAAAGAGCCUAUCAGUUUUGUAGUGACACAUUUGAGACCUUAUACGACAUAUCUUUUCGAAGUCUCAGCUGUUACAACUGAAGCAGGUUAUAUUGAUAGUACCAUUGUCAGAACACCAGAAUCAGUGCCUGAAGGACCACCACAAAACUGUGUAACAGGCAACAUCACAGGAAAAUCCUUUUCAAUUUCAUGGGAUCCACCAACUAUAAUAACAGGGAAGUUUAGUUAUAGAGUUGAAUUAUAUGGACCAUUAGUUCCAGGUGCAAUUUCUGAUUUACAACUUGCAGAGGUAGAAGCCACACAAAUAAGAAUUACUUGGAAGAAACCACGACAACCAAAUGGAAUUAUUAACCAAUAUCGAGUGAAAGUGCUAGUUUCAGCGACAGGAAAAAUUUUGGAAGAUACUUUGCUCACAGGGAAGAAUGAGUAUAUAAAUGACCCCAUGGCUCCAGAAAUUGUGAACAUAGAAGAGCCAAUGGCGGGAUUAUAUGAAGGUUCAGCAGAGAUGUCUUCUGACCUGUACUCACUUGCUUCAUUUAUGUAUAAUAGUCAUCCAUAUAAUAUUUUUCCUGCAAGGAAUGGAGCUGAAGACCAGAAUUCACCAGUUGUAACUACAAGGAAUCAGUAUAUCACUGACAUUGAUGCUGAACAGCUGUCUUACGUUAUCAGGCGACUUAUACCUUUCACUGAGCACAUGAUUAGUGUAUCUGCUUUCACCAUCAUGGGAGAAGGACCACCAACGGUUCUCAAUGUUAGAACACAUGAGCAAGUUCCAAGCUCCAUUCAAAUUAUAAAUUAUAAAAAUAUUAGUUCUUCAUCUAUUUUGUUAUACUGGGAUCCUCCAGAAUAUCCCAAUGGAAAAAUAACUCAUUAUACAAUUUAUGCAAUGGAAUUGGAUACAAACAGAGCAUUCCAGAUGACUACUAUAGAUAACAGCUUUCUUAUAACAGGGUUAAAGAAAUACACAAAGUACAAAAUGAGAGUGGCUGCCUCAACCCAUGUUGGAGAAAGUUCUUUGUCUGAAGAAAAUGAUAUCUUUGUGAGAACUCCAGAAGAUGAACCAGAGUCAUCACCUCAAGAUCUUGAAGUAAUUGACAUUACCUCAAAUGAAAUAAGGUUGAAGUGGUCACCACCCGAAAAACCCAAUGGGAUCAUUAUUGCUUAUGAAGUGCUAUAUAAAGACAUAGAUACUUUGUUUAUAAAGAACACCUCAACAACAAACAUAAUUUUAAAGGAUUUAAAACCUUACACCCUCUAUAACAUUUCUGUAAGGUCAUAUACUAGAUUUGGUCAUGGCAAUCAAUUAUCUUCUUUACUCUCUGUGAGGACAUCUGAGACUGUGCCUGAUAGUGCACCAGAAAAUAUUACUUACCAAAAUAUUUCUUCUGGAGAGAUCGAACUAUCAUUCCUUCCCCCAAGUAGUCCCAAUGGAAUCAUACAAAAAUAUACAAUUUAUCUCAAGAGAAGUAAUGGAAAUGAGGAAAGAACUAUAAAUACAACCUCUUUAACCCAAAACAUUAAAGGACUAAAGAAAUAUACCCAAUAUCUGAUCGAAGUAUCUGCUAGUACACUCAAAGGUGAAGGAGUCCGGAGUGCACCCAUCAGUGUACUGACUGAGGAAGAUGCUCCUGAUUCUCCUCCUCAAGACUUCUCUGUAAAACAGUUGUCUGGUGUCACUGUGAAGUUGUCAUGGCAACCACCCCUGGAGCCAAAUGGAAUUAUCCUCUAUUACACAGUUUAUGUCUGGGCAGUGGCACCAAGUGAUCCUCCCAAAGAUGUUCAUUAUGUAAACCUCAGUUCUUCAUCAAUAAUUCUUUUUUGGACACCUCCUUCAAAACCUAAUGGGAUUAUACAAUAUUAUUCUGUUUAUUACAGAAAUACUUCAGGUAUGCCUUUAGCACCUCCUCAAAAUUUGACUUUAAUCAACUACACUUCAGACUUUGUAUGGCUGAAAUGGAGCCCGAGUCCUCUUCCAGGCGGUAUUGUUAAAGUAUAUAGUUUUAAAAUUCAUGAACAUGAAACUGAUACUGUAUUUUAUAAGAAUAUUUCAGGUUUUCAAACUGAAGCCAAACUUGUUGGACUGAAUCCAGUCAGCACCUACUCUAUCAGCGUAUCUGCCUUUACCAAAGUUGGAAAUGGCAAUCAGUUUAGUAACAUAGUAAAAUUCACAACCCAAGAAUCAGUUCCAGAUGUUGUGCAGAAUAUACAAUGUGUGGCAACUAGCUGGCAGUCAGUUUUAGUGAAAUGGAAUUCACCCAAAAAGGCAAAUGGAAUAAUUACACAUUAUAUGAUAACAGUUGAAAGGAAUUCUACAAAAGUCUCUCCCCAGGAUCACAUGUAUACUUUCACAAAACUUCUUGCCAAUACCUCGUAUGUCUUUAAAGUAAGAGCUUCGACCUCAGCUGGUGAAGGUGAUGAAAGCACAUGCCAUGUCAGCACACUGCCUGAAACAGUUCCCAGUGUUCCCACAAAUAUUACUUUUUCUGAUGUUCAGUCAACUAGUGCAACAUUGACAUGGAUAAGACCUGACACUAUCCUUGGCUACUUUCAAAAUUACAAGAUUACCACUCAACUUCGUGCUCAAAAAUGCAGAGAAUGGGAAUCUGAAGAAUGUGUUGAAUAUCAAAACAUUCAAUAUCUCUAUGAAGCUGACCUAACUGAAGAGACAGUGUAUGGGUUGAAAAAAUUUAGAUGGUAUAGAUUCCAGGUGGCUGCCAGCACCAAUGCUGGCUAUGGCAAUGCUUCCAGUUGGAUUUCUACACAAACCCUGCCUGGCCGUAAGUAUUGUCUCAAUAUGUACAUAUUCAUUUCUGUAGAUAAUGAUGAAUUUAAUAUUACUCUCAUCAAGUCAAAUGAAGAAAAUAAAACCAUAGAAGUUAAAGAUUUAAAAAUAUUCACAAAAUAUUCUGUGGUCAUCACUGCAUUUACUGGAAACAUGAGUGCUGCAUAUGUAGAAGGGAAGUCAAGUGCUGAAGUGAUUGUUACUACUUUAGAAUCAGCCCCCAAGGAUCCACCUAACAACAUGACAUUUCAGAAAAUACCAGACGAAGUUACAAAAUUUCAGUUAACGUUCCUUCCUCCUUCUCAACCUAAUGGAAAUAUCCAAGUAUAUCAAGCUUUGGUUUAUCGAGAAGAUGAUCCUACUGCCGUUCAGAUUCGCAACCUCAGUAUUAUACAGAAAACGGACACAUCUGUCAUUGCAGUGUUAGAAGGACUAAAAGGUGGACAUACAUAUAAUAUCAGUUGGCAGACAUCUCCAGCACAACCAAAAACCAAGCCAAUCCCUAUUUAUGAUGCCACAGGAAAACUGCUUGUUACUUCAACAACAAUUACAAUCAGAAUGCCAAUAUGUUACUACAGUGAUGAUCACGGACCAAUCAAAUAUGUACAAGUGCUUGUGGCAGAAACAGGAGCCCAGCAUGAUGGAAAUGUAACAAAGUGGUACGAUGCAUAUUUUAAUAAAGCAAGGCCAUAUUUUACAAAUGAAGGCUUUCCUAACCCUCCAUGUACAGAAGGAAAGACAAAGUUUAGUGGCAACGAAGAAAUCUAUGUCAUAGGUGCUGAUAAUGCAUGUAUGAUUCGUGGCAAUGAAGAUAAAAUUUGUAAUGGACCUCUGAAGCCAAAAAAGCAAUACUUAUUUAAAUUUAGAGCCACAAAUAUCAUGGGACAAUUUACAGACUCUGAUUAUUCUGACCCUGUUAAGACUUUAGGUGAAGGACUUUCAGAAAGAACUGUAGAGAUCAUUCUUUCAGUCACUUUGUGUAUUCUUUCAAUAAUUCUUCUGGGAACAGCUAUUUUUGCAUUUGCAAGAAUUCGACAGAAGCAGAAAGAAGGUGGCACAUACUCUCCUCGGGAUGCAGAAAUAAUUGACACUAAAUUCAAGCUGGAUCAGCUCAUCACAGUGGCAGACCUGGAACUGAAGGACGAGAGAUUAACGCGGUUACUUAGUUAUAGAAAAUCCAUCAAGCCAAUAAGCAAGAAAUCCUUCCUGCAACAUGUUGAAGAGCUUUGCACAAACAACAACCUAAAGUUUCAAGAAGAAUUUUCGGGCUAUUUAUGUCCAAAUGAAUUUAUUGCUACUCAAGGUCCACUACCAGGAACAGUUGGAGAUUUUUGGAGAAUGGUUUGGGAAACCAGAGCAAAAACAUUAGUAAUGCUAACCCAGUGUUUUGAAAAAGGGCGGAUCAGAUGCCAUCAAUAUUGGCCAGAGGACAACAAGCCAGUUACUGUCUUUGGAGAUAUAGUGAUUACAAAGCUAAUGGAGGAUGUUCAAAUAGAUUGGACCAUCAGGGAUCUGAAAAUUGAAAGGCAUGGGGAUUACAUGACCGUUCGGCAGUGUAACUUUACAGCUUGGCCUGAACAUGGGGUUCCUGAAAACAGUGCUCCUCUAAUUCACUUUGUGAAGUUAAUUCGAGCAAGCAGAGCACAUGACACCACACCUAUGAUUGUUCACUGCAGUGCUGGAGUUGGAAGAACUGGAGUCUUUAUUGCUCUGGACCACUUAACACAACAUAUAAAUGACCAUGAUUUUGUGGAUAUAUAUGGACUAGUAGCUGAACUGAGAAGUGAAAGAAUGUGCAUGGUACAGAAUCUGGCACAGUAUAUCUUUUUACACCAGUGCAUUCUGGAUCUCUUAUCAAAUAAGGGAAGUAAUCAGCCCAUCUGUUUUGUUAACUAUUCAGCACUUCAGAAGAUGGACUCUUUGGAUGCCAUGGAAGGUGAUGUUGAGCUUGAAUGGGAAGAAACCACCAUGUAAAUAUUUAAACUGAAGAAUACAACUGGAAGAUAUUUUUAAAUCCCAGGGGCCAAAAUUACCCCCUCAUUCUUGUGAAUUGAAAUGUGCAACCUUAAAGAAAUCUUUAUGCUUCCCUCACUGUGCCUUACCAAAUGGAUUGACCAUUUUAUGAAUAGUUUUAGAAAAUAGCUAAUUCAGAAUAGUUAUUUGUUUUGUACAGAAUAAAUAUUACACAUUUAAAAUGUUUAAGAAAAGAAAUCCCAUAGGUUUUUGAAGUCCUCCAUACUUAUGGAAUAAGCCAAAUAUAAAAUUACUAUACUAGCAUUAAUGUUUUAAUGUGAAUUUGCCCUAUGUAUUGGAUUUAAUUUUGAACAAAAGUUGUAAAUGUUGAUUCAGUAGUGUUAUUUUGGCCUCCAGGGUGUUGACGUAUCUUGUGGAUAACUUCCAGGACUGUCAUAAUGAUCUGUACUUCCAUGUACACUCCUGUGUUUUGAAUCUUCUGUUUUAUGAGUGCUGAGAUAUCAUCUCAUGAUCCUGAACAGCUGAACAGUAACCCUCUGACACUGCAGGGAUUACUUAGCCUUUAUACAACGCACAGUAGCUCUUUGGGGACACUUAGGGCUAUUUAAACUGCAUUGUGAUCACAU